AUAUAAAAAAAAGGACAACAAAAAGCUGGUCUUUAGGACAGGUCAGGUUCUGUACCUGCAAACUUGUCCGAAAAAAAAAACUUCAGAAAUUUGGGAAAGUUUCAAUCUUUCCUCCUUUCUUUUUUUGACUGAAGGCUCAAAAUGAAAGGGGAAAGUGUUAAGAAGAAAACCCAUGUGGUGAAUGACGCUGGUGAGGCUGAAACGGCGGUGGAAACAGCCGGAGGAAGCGGAGGAGACGGUGGGUUUGGCAGUGAAGACGGCGGAGAGUCGAUUCUUGGCGAGAUGGGUGGUGUGGAAGAAGAAGAAGAAGAAGACGAAGAUGAAGAGGACGGUGAAGAGGAUGAAGAAGAAGCUAAAGAGGAGAGGUCAAAGCUAGAUGAUGGCUACUUCGAAAUAGAAGCUAUUCGCCGUAAGAGAGUUAGAAAAGGGAAGGUGCAGUAUCUAAUUAAAUGGCGUGGAUGGCCUGAAACUGCUAACACAUGGGAGCCUCUAGAGAAUCUACAGUCUAUUGCUGAUGUGAUUGAUUCAUUUGAAGGAAGUUUGAAGCCAGGGAAGCCUGGUAGGAAGAAGAAGCGAAAAUAUUCAGGUCCUAACUCUCAGCUAAAGAAUAAGAAGCAGCAACGUUUAACGUAUGAUGCUGCUGAGAGAUCUGACUCUUCUACAUCUCUUAACAACUCUAGCCUCCCUGGUACUCGCGGUCCACUCGACCUCACUGGUUAUGUAGCCAACCAAGGUGGGAGUGUUGGUAUGGUCCGACAAGUUAGUUUGGUUGAAGUGGAGAAAGAAUAUGAUCCGACACUUAAUGAGUUAAUGGGACCAGUCAUUGAUAGUAACGGUGCAGGGUGUUCACAAGUAGGAGGUGAAGAAGGUGAUAAUGUAAGAGCAAAUGGGUUUCUCAAAGUUUAUCCCAAGGAGUUUGGUUUCAUAGGUGCUAAACGGAGGAAGUCUGGUUCUGUGAAAAGGUUCAAACAAGAAGAAACCACCACAAGUAAUAACAACAACCACACAACAGCUAGUACAGAUCAUAAUCUGACACCAGAGUCAAGGAUAGGGAAUGAGUAUCAACCUGGUGUGUUGGAAAAUAACAAUCUCUCUCAGAAAAGCAAAGUGGAGGAACUGGAUAUUGUGAGGAUCAUCAAGCCAGUGAGAUUCUCUUCAUCUAUAACAGAUAGUGUACAAGACGCGUUGGUGACGUUUUCUGUGUUGAGGUCUGAUGGGAAGGAAGUAACAGUUGACAACAGAUUUCUCAAAGCUCACAAUCCUCUUCUGCUGAUUGAGUUCUACGAGCAACAUCUCAAGUACAAUCCUGAAAGAUAAAGUAUUUGUUUGUACACAGCACAUGUAGGUAGCAAAAGAUUAGAUGUUAGCAACGUGUAGAGUCAAGGUAGUGGCAAGUUUUUUUUAUUCUGGGAGGUUUCAGAUUGUAUUUUAUCUCCCUGGUUUGUUAUUUCCACUUUCUAUCAAGUUAAUCUUGUCACUUACAUUCUUGAGCUGAGAUUUGUUGAACUUGCAUGUUCAAAGAUCAAAACAUAUAUAUAACUCAUGAAUAUAAUGUUUCACAAACUAAUGUUUCUA